GUCGAUAAUUAACAAAAAAUGUCGUAGCUUGAUGUAGUAGCAUCUGUCUAACAUUUUAAUUACAGCUAAAUUUCUAUUAUUACCGUAGUGUUUAAUGUAUAUUAUGGAUUCGCAUUUAUUAAAUGUAAAUCGUAAGUUUAUAAAGAACCGAUUAGAGGUGCCUCUGUAAUGAUCUCAUUAACAACCCUACGAUCUUAAUAUAUGGCAACACUUUUAUAUAAACUUUUUCUUCUUUAUUUUAUUUAUUGUUUUCGUCUUCUGAAUAGUUUAUUUUUUAUUUUAUUGUUAUUUGUUGUGUUGCGAGGUGCCAGUUUUUAUUUUUAUUAACGCUGGCAAUACAUUUGCUUUAAAAGGUAAUGUUGUAUGUUUUUUUAAAAAUCGUACCAUUAGU